GUUGGAUCCCUUCGGUUUCGAGCGCGGGCUCUCGUUUUGUUUGGCCAUGGCUGCAAGAUGGCUCUCAGUGGCACCAACAAGUCCUGGGCGCUCUUUGCCGACUUCCUCUCCGAGGAGGCGGAGCGGGAGGUGUCGGCCUUCUCGCAGCCGUCCACACCCGGCACGGUGCGGGUCUUGGUGAUGCGCCACGCCAUGGGGGCGCACAACACCUACGCAGGCAUGGGCAGCAUCGUCAGCGAGGAUGCAGAGAUCAAUGACUGCGGCAAGGCUCAGGCGGAGGCGGUCAAAAGAUGCCUGCAGGAGGCCGGGGUACUGAAGUCGCUGCACCUAGCGGUGGUGUCCCCCUUCAAGCGCACACUGCAGACCGCUUUGCAUGUGCUCCGGGAGGACAGGGCCCACGGCCCCGGCAGCGAAGUGUCAAAGGCCCUGGCCGUGCCCACCAUUGUCCAUCCACUUUGCGCGGAGCAGACCUUUGUGCAUUCCCACGUGAGCCGUGGAAAUCGUGGCUCCACGGUGGAGGAGCUGUCGUGCUUCCCAGAGUUCGGCGUAUUUGACUGGAAGGAAGUGGAGGAGUAUUGCAAGCAUCGCCGUGUACAUGAUGGCAAGUGGUGGCAUCAUGGCCCUCACUCAGAGGAGACCGAACGCUCCUUCCGGCGCCGCGCAGUUCAGCUCAAGAAGUGGCUUGGGCGACUGCAAGAUCAUCGGAGCGCCCCAAAGGUGCUGAUGGUUUGCCACGGCGGCAUCAUGCAGGCGGCCUUUGAUUACCAGCCGCACCCGCCCAACUGCGCCUUCCGCGUCUAUGACGUGGACCGUAGCGGCCGUGCGCGGCAUGUGGCGGCGGAGGCAUGGGUCGCCAGCGAAUCCUUGGCCGAUCCCGCUUUCCAGGUGCUCUCAGUAGUCCGCCUGAACGAGAAGGUGGAUGGAGUGACCAUGUUUCGGGUGGAGAUCGCCGUGGGACAGGAGGAGUUUUACUCGGACAUCUCCGAGAACGUCUUGCGGGACAAUCUCCACGACCCCGUGAAGGAAGCACUGCCUUCUGAGCUUUAUGAUCAGUUUAGCCUGGGUGGGCUUUUCCCCAGCUGGUGGUCAUGGCUGAAUCGAGCCCGCACCGAUCUGUCCAUCUAUAUCCAGGACUACUUGGAGCAGCUCAGCGUGGCCAUGGCGGACGUGGCCUUCCCGAAGCCCUGCGCCAAGUUGGUGGACGAGCUGCUGCUCCAGGGUCGUCUGCAGAUCCAGGAGGAGCUACCCCAGGAGCACCAGGACUCUUGCAGAGUCUCCUGACUCACUGACCGCGCCAAUGUCGCGCGGUUGAAACCAACUUUGCCAAAAAAACAUCACGUUUCCGGCGUUCUCCCUGGAGACGGGUCCAUUUGAGCAAAGCCGUGGCUUUGACUGAAACCUAGCAGAGAUGGUUCAAGCAAUGGC